CACCUGUGUAUGGGUAGACUGCUAUGAACAUACCUUGCCACAGAACCAGAUGCGCGUUGCUUCAGUAAACUGUAGAGGGCUUUUUCACAGAAGAUGCUCUGUGAGGAAGCCCCUCCAGUUGGCAGCAUUGCCGGGAAGACGUGGACUGUUAACGACAAGCUAUUCUCGAGGUCCUACAGACCCUCCACUGUUAGAUACAGUGAUUGGAGACCACUUCGCAAAGAUCGUCAACCAGUAUGGCGAUAGACCAGCUGUCAUCUGCAAACAACAAAAUGAUCGAGCGACAUAUUCUUCCCUUGACGCCAGAAGCAAUGCCCUUGCGCGUGGUCUUGAAUCUGUCGGUGUCCAGACCGGAGACCGUGUGGGCGUCAUGCUAGGGAACUCCAUGGAACAUGCUGUGGCAACCUAUGCACUGUUCAAGCUGGGUGCGAUCCUGGUUCCACUCAACCCAUCAUUCAACGUGACUCAAGUAGUCUCCGCCCUGGCGCAUCUAGAAGCAAGCCAUCUGAUCAUUAGCACCGAGUCAAAUCUCCCCCGAAAGGACCCAAGAAGCAAUAUCCCACUCCUUCAACACCUGAUUCCGGACCUCUCCAAGACCCGCAUCGAGUCAGAGUUAGUUCCCUCACUGAAGAACAUUAUCUCAGUCGACAACUCAUCCGGUCGCGUCAACACCUCCGACUUCAACUGCUUAACAGCCUACAAAUCACUCACCUCUGACGCAACACCCGACAAAAGCGCCCUACCACCUCGCAACUUAUCCCCAACAGACAUAGUCAACAUCCAAUUCACAUCCGGAACGACCGCAAUGCCCAAAGCAGCAUGUCUAAGCCAUCGAUCCAUUCUCAACAACGGCUCCCAAAUCGGCGACAGAAUGCGCCUCACCCCAGAGGACGUUGUAUGCUGUCCGCCCCCAUUAUUCCACUGCUUCGGAUCUGUACUAGGAUAUAUGGCCACCGCCACCCACGGUGCAGCCAUCGCAUUCCCAACAGAAGCCUUCAACGCCAAAGCAGCCCUCCGAACCGUGCAAGAAGAAAAGUGCACUGCACUUUACGGCGUACCGACAAUGUUUAUCGAAGAGCUCAGUCUUCUGGACGAAGGGGUAAUCCCCAACGAAGGCUUCCAGUACCUACGUACGGGCAUCGCAGCCGGAAGUAGCAUACCCGCAGAGUUGAUGAAAAGACUACACAAGGUCCUAAAUCUCACCGAGCUCACAAUAUGUUACGGAAUGACAGAGACCAGCCCCGUCUCUGCAAUGACCACGACAGAUGACCCAAUCGACAAACGGAUCAACACCGUUGGAAGACUACUCCCGCAUGUUGAAGCAAAGGUCGUAAGCCUGGAUGAUCACAAUAAUAUUUUGCCCAUCAAUACUCGCGGAGAGCUCGCAGUGAGCGGCUAUCUCCUGAUGAAAGAGUACUGGAAUGACCCGGUAAAAACGGCAGAGGUUAUGAUACCUGAUAAUGAUGGGAAAGUUUGGAUGCAUACGGGUGACGAGGCCUCCAUGUCCCCAGACGGCUAUAUCACCAUCACCGGCCGCGUAAAAGACCUCAUCAUUCGCGGCGGAGAAAACAUCCAUCCACUGGAAAUUGAGAACUGUCUCUUGACGUACCCCGGUGUGAUCAAUGCCUCGGCUGUGGGCGUGCCAGAUGAGCGUUAUGGAGAGGCUGUGGCUGUGUUCAUUAUCCACCGGGAACCUGAGAGUGAAGCUGCGGAUGAGAAUAAGAUCCGGCAGUGGGUUCGUGAGAAGCUGAGUAACCAUCUUGUUCCAAAAUACGUUUUCUUCCUGCAACCAUCCGAGUCUUUCCCCAAGACUGCAAGCGGCAAGGUGCAGAAGUUCAAGCUUCGGGAAGAUGCUGUUAAGAUGCUGAAGGAGAAGAAUAAUCUUAGCUGAGUUGACAUAUUCUGGCGGGAUUUAUCUACAUAGAGGAACUUUGG